UGGCAGUUAAUUGAUUUUAUGAUUAAAAAAUGAGCGACUAUUAAUUGUAUUUAUGAUGUGAUCGACGUUGCAGUGAAUAUAAUCGUUAAUAAUUUCUUCUUCAUAUUUUCUUAUAAAUUUGAUUAGAAAAUUAAACGAUGAGAAAACAUGCCCGCAAGUGGAGAUAACGAUAGAAGAAGAACGAAAGACACGGAUCCGCUGCUCGAAGCGCUUGAUAAACUCGGAUAUGGGUCCAGCUUUUUAUGGAUAAUAUUCAUUUUUACACUGACACCGACGAUAUUCAAUGGAAUGCACUCUAUGUCUUAUAUCUUUAUUGCCGAAACUCCCACACAUUGGUGUGCAAUACCAAGUUUGACUGCCGCGAAUUGGACGGACGAAGAAAUAAGAAACAUCUCAUCGACCAGUUCAUGUACUAUGUACAAUUAUAAUUAUGAAUACUUUGCGCAUAUUGGAUUCGAGAAAGCGUUAGAAUAUAAAAUUUCGGAGCCUCUACCUGAGUCGAUUUCCUGUGAAGUAAGGAGUUUUGCGAAUGACAUCGAUGGAACUUCUCUCGUGCAAGAUUGGGAUUUGGUGUGCGAUAAAACCGCGGCCCGUUCGAGCACUCACAUGGCUUUGUCCCUUGGAAAAUUAUUGGGCAGCGCUUUGUUCGGAGUCAUCGCAGAUAAAUAUGGCCGAAAAAUCUGUUACGUUAUUGGAAUAAUAAUGUUAAUCACCUCUGGUCCAGCUGGUGCGAUUGUGCCUUGGUAUUGGGGUUUUAUAAUCUCGAGAGUAGUUAAUGGUGCUAGUCAUGCAGCCAUACAGUAUUCGUCUUUCACGACACUCACAGAGGUAGCGAAUGAAAAACACAGGCAAUGGAUGGGAAUUGCUUACAACGUCGGCUAUGCCACAGGAAUAGUAAUUGUGCCAGGUGUAGCUUAUUUGCUACACGAAUGGAGAUAUAUUCAAUUAGCAAUAUCUUUACCGGCUUUGCUUUUGCUAAUACACUUAUGGCUUAUGCCAGAAUCUCCACGAUGGCUGAUAGCUCACAAUCGUCGACAGGAGGCGAAGAGUUUAAUCGAUAGAGCAUCUAAAGGAAGUCCUGAUGCAGAAAUGAGAACGUCAUUGACACCAACCAUACAAAUACAAGAGUUAAAACAAGAAUCGAAGGAUACCAAAAAAGGAUUGCAUAAAAAUAUGAAAGGAUUUUGGGUGCUUCUUAGCAAUAGUGAAUUACGAAAGAGGAUUCUCAUCACGAAUUUUACUUGGAUGACAGCUUCUCUGACUUAUUACGCGUUAGCGUUAAAUGUGAACAAUUUCUCAACAAAUCGGUACAUUUACGUGUUGGUGAUGGGUCUAACCGAAAUACCAGCUUAUUUGAUACCGACGCCGAUUCUAAUGAUUAUGGGACGACGUCCAGGAAGCGCAAGUUUAUAUGUCAUAGCUGCGUUAUGCCUACUCUGUAUUCUCGCAAUUCCAACGACUGAAAACGAUGUAAUUAUGACCGUAUCCUUAAUUGGUAGAUUCAGCGCGUCAGCUGCUUAUGGCAUCGUCAUUCUAUAUAGCUCGGAGCUUUUCCCCACGGUCUGCAGAAACUCCGCGGUUGGUACGAAUUCUGCGAUGUCGCAUGUCGGAAGUGUAGCCGCGCCUUACGUCGCUGAUUUAUUAGGAGCUGUUGUAUGGUGGGGACCAACGACUCUUUGCGGCGGCUUAGCUUUAAUAGCAAGUAUACUAUGUUCGAUUUUGCCGGAAACUCGGGGCAGACCGUUAGCGAACACCGUCGACGAGGAAAUUACGGAAGAACGAGAGAACGUGUCGUUUUAUAACGCUUGCAAGAGUGUAUGAAAUACAACAGUAAUGGGGUCAGGACCCGGUAUAUUUUCUACUACAUUAGCUUAUUCUGAUUCGUUCAUAAGAUCCCUUUUUUGUUCACAACACUCAUUCUUCAAAUAAAGCAAUAUCAAUCUGUAUUUCUAA